ACUCCGUUACACAUAGACGAACAACCAUCCACGCUCACACUCACACCUAGGGACAAUUUAGUGUUCAAUCAGCCUGCCACGCAUAUUUUUGGAAUGUGGGAGGAAACCGGAGCACCCGGAGAAAACCCACGCAGGCCCGGGGAGAACAUGCAAACUCCACACAGGGAGGCCGGAGCUGGAAUCGAACCCGGUACCUCUGCACUGUGAAGCCGACGUGCUAACCACUGGACUACCGGGCCGCCACUUCUCCACAUGCGAAAUGUAAAUCAUUCAAUACUUUUGACUGUCAGUCAGCCAAUAUUGGGGAUGUAGUAUUAUCUUUAAAGCUUGAACUGUGAAAAACAUGUAUGCUGAUGUUUUUAAUUAAAUACAUGAAUGACAAUUUUCAUCAAGUAUUCUGCAGCGUUUCAGUAAGCCUUUUUCUUUGAAAGAAGAGUCAACCAAAUUCACUUCGUGGAAGUUACCUUCCAAUGCAUUGAUUGACAGUCAGUGUUCCAAGAAAGACCAUCAGGUUUGUGUUUUAGACUUACGCAGUUGUAUUUAAUUGUAUUUACUACUCUUUUGUUCAUCUGUUCACAUGCUAGCGACGUAAGAGGCAGAACUGUUAAACGCUGUUCCACAAGAUGGCACAGGUCAUGUAUCCACGUUUUGUAACAUUCCUCUUUGAAGGCGUGAAUGACAUUUUUUCAAAUGUAAGAUACACGCCGUUGGUCAAUUUAGCUUGGGAACUAGCUCCGCUGUACUGCGUUUAAAUUUGGAUUUUAUCAGACGUUCACCCAGCGCCAUCUUGUGCAUGUAACGCGGAACUACACUAUACAGGUCAGGAUUGAACGAAUGAGAAAACUCACACGCCCACAACGAGUUUGCAAUGUUGUUUAAAAAGCUAAUAUAUCGUAGCGGGUGCAACCCACAUUACAAGCUGAUAGGCUUUUUGUACCAAUAAUGUGAUGAUGUUGGUCGCAGCAAGUGCAGUGUUUUGUGUGAAGGAAUGUGUUGAUGCGUAUCCAUGGCGACCCGGAGCCACAGAUGACUUGCAUUUGUAGACCAUACAUGUAAUUGAGUGCUUCGUCAGGAUUCCACGUGGCUUUAAAAACAAAAUCCAUGGAAAAGAAGGAGCUUCACUCAAACGCUCGGUUCAGCUGCUGGACUCCGCUGAACAACCGCGCAGAGAACAUGCAGUUAUUUGAAGAGAGGAUCAAUCUAGUGCUGCACUGGUUUGAUUUAUGGACUGAUCGACAGAGGAAACGCAUGAUGCAUUCUGUGCUCACACGAUGUACCAAGGCUCAGCUCAGCAGGUACUGUAGAGAUCUGCUGACCGAAACACUUCCAACAACUCAAGCGGAUUUCACAGCGGUGUUGCCCCGCUUCCUGUCACUUUACAUCAUGUCCUUCCUGUCCCCCUUGGACCUCUGCUCCGCCGCCCAAGUCAGCUGGCACUGGAGAGUUCUAUCGGAACAGGAUUGUCUCUGGGCGGGGCGCUGCAUACGACAAGGUUGGUUUCUUCCCUACACGCCUGGGGAAAAGGAGUUUGGCGCCUGGAAGAAGCACUUCAUCUCCUGCAUCAGCACACUGGACAGGCUGACUCCUCAUGAAAUAGCACAACACUUCUGGACACUCAGCCAACCUUAUAAUGGGGAGGAAGAAGAAGAAGAGGAGAGACUGAAAGAAAGAUUAAUCAGGCAGAUGAUCAGAACAAAGAUUCACGAGGAGAAGAGAGUAGCACUGAGAACCAGAAAAGCCUGGAGCACCAGCACAAGGUUGGGUGAAUCUGGAGGCAGAGCAACCACCCUUGGGACCACAUUCAAGACCUCUGGACCUCCGAACUGGAGUCUGAGCACAAGCAGCGACCUGAGCUUGGAGGAAAACGUAGCACACAGCUCCAGCAGCGAAGAUGCUGUUUCAAAUUUUCCAAGCAGAGCUAGUGGGCCACUGUCCAAAUACGUCUUUAGACCUGCACCACGACAGCGCUCCAACAUCCACAGGAAUCCUGCAAACUGCUUGCUGUUGGUCUCCAAUAAAAUUCCUGCUUAUGAGCUGGUGCUGAGCGGUGCCAAGGCGGAUGUGAUUGUCGUUCUCUAUGACUACCGAGGGACUCUCUCGGCACUGUUGUCCCAGGUGGAGGAGGCUGUUUCCGGGCGCACUUUUAAAAGGCUCGGCCUGUUAGCGCCAGGGGGAACGGAAGAAAUUCACCUCUUUCACAACAUCUGCUUAUCAGACAGAACCAUACUCAUCCCAGCCCAUCGAGAUUUCUGGGAAAAAUUGUCCAUCCCGGUGGUCCCUGCUGAGCAAGGAGGCGGGAUCGACAUUUUCUCACCGUGUGCGGCAUCGACCUCAGGUGUGGCGCUCAUGCAGAAGCUGGCCGCUCUUACUGGGCUGAAUGUUUGGGCACCGAUGGGUUUCGCCACAGGAAGUUUUCAAAAUAUCCUCAGCGAUUGGUCUGAUGGAAGUAUCGGUGCCAUCGGGCUCUCCGACCCACAACCAGGAGGCCCGGCGCUUCAUUACAUUUGUGAGCCAGUCCUGAUUGGCUGGUGCAGACAGGCCCAGUGGAUUGAGGAAGCUCUGGCGGAGAUGAAAAACUGUCUGGAGUUCCGACUUCAGCAAGUUGGCCUACAAGCCCGGGGCAGAGCUUUGGGUCAUUCUCUGUGGGAGAGAGUCUGUCUUGAGGAUCUGCGUUUGUCCGAAGACCUAAGUCUGGCGCUCACUGAGGGACUCACUGUUCUCAGCAAACAAGCGGAGACGAGCCCAUUCGAGUUUCUUGCUGCCUUCCUGACGAAAUGGAGUGAUGAGAAGGAGACGAGAGACGAAAACUUACUUUCCAAUGUCCCUCUGAUGUCAGGGCUUCCUCAGACACAGCUGGACUGGAGAGGUGUCGUCGCCAGAGAGUUGCAACUCAGUGAGGUUCUGUACAUUAGCAGACUCAGCGCUAUUGUGAAGUCAUACCAGGAGCCUCUCACAGCAGCCCUCAACUCCAACAGGGCCAUUCUCAGUUUAGCAGACAUGCUUGUCAUCCUGAGCCCCGUUGCAAAAAUACUGGACCUCAACAGGGAGUUCAAGGCAGCUUUAGAUGCUAGACUGCAGCAGUGGGGUGCAGAGCAGUGUGUUGGCGAUGUGUGCUUGAAACUGUGCACACAUCUUAGAGUGUACACAAACUACCUCAACAACUACACAACUGCUCUCAGUGCCAUUGACAAGUGCAGAGAUACAAAGCCGGCAUUUCGAGCUUUCCUGAAGAGAACUGACCGAACUCUGGCAACCCACAUGCUGAGUUUACAGGAACUGCUGCUGUGUCCAGUGUGGCGAAUCCAAGAGUACACAACCCUGCUGCAAGCUCUAACUUUGCACACACAUGUCAGUCACCCUGAUCACACCCAAGUCUCCGGCGCCCUCAGCACGUUGCAGCGAUACACAAAGUUCAUCCAAAAGCUCAAACGCAACUGUGAAAGGGACCGGCUGUUGGAGGAAACACAGCAGAUGAUCCAAGGCUGUCCGAGUCUCAGUGAGGGAAACCGGCAGCUCAUCAUCCGUCAAGAUGCUGAUUUACUCCACAGCCCCAAUGAUCACAUACCAGAAUCUCUCAGGACCUACGAGCAUGUAGCAGAUGUCAGCCUCUUCCUGUUCACUGAUGUUUUGAUGUUGACAUGGAGGCAAAAGAAACACACACCUUUCACGGUGGUGCACAGGAGCACGCACACGUUCUUCGCCUCUUUGGCGCUCGCCACUCUGACUGUGAGGAAGAUCGUACAUUCGCGUUACGUGAAGCACGCCUUCAUCUUGGAUGGUUCCUCUCGCUCGUGGGUGUGUGCCACAGAACGAGGCCAGGAGAUGGAUCACUUCUUGUCCGUGCUGAGCAGUGCCAUGCAAACAACUCUGACAUCCACGUGAUCAGUUGAUAAUGCUGAUCGAAUACAGCAGGAGGUUUGGACAAUAAAUUGCACUUGUGUCAGGGAGUCUCCCCCCC